AUGGGAUUACCUGCCCUGGAGUUCAGCGACUGCUGCCUGGACAGCCCGCAGUUCCGAGACACGCUCAAGUCCCACGAGGCCGAGCUGGACAAGACCAACAAGUUCAUCAAGGAGCUGCUCAAGGACGGGAAGACGCUCAUUGCGGCGCUCAAGAAUCUGUCUUCGGCUAAACGGAAGUUUGCAGAGUCCCUAAAUGAGUUUAAAUUCCGAUGUAUAGGAGAUGCAGAAACCGAUGAUGAAAUCUGUAUAGCAAAGUCCCUGCAAGAAUUUGCUGCGGUUCUCCGGAAUCUAGAAGAUGAGCGAAUGCGCAUGAUUGAGAAUGCCAGCGAGGUGUUGAUCACACCACUGGAGAAAUUCCGUAAGGAGCAAAUUGGUGCUGCUAAGGAGGCCAAGAAGAAGUAUGACAAAGAGACUGAGAAGUAUUGUGGCGUGUUAGAAAAGCACUUAAACUUGUCUUCAAAGAAGAAAGAAUCUCAACUGCAAGAGGCAGACAGCCAGGUGGACCUCGUUCGACAGCAUUUUUAUGAAGUCUCCCUUGAGUAUGUGUUCAAGGUCCAAGAAGUCCAGGAGAGGAAGAUGUUUGAGUUUGUGGAACCUUUGCUGGCAUUCCUUCAGGGCCUGUUCACAUUCUACCAUCAUGGCUAUGAACUUGCAAAGGACUUCAGUGACUUCAAGACUGAGCUGACAAUCAGUAUCCAGAACACAAGAAAUCGUUUUGAAGGCACCAGGUCGGAGGUUGAAUCCUUGAUGAAGAAGAUGAAGGAGAAUCCUCAUGAGCACAAAAAUAUCAGCCCUUAUACAAUGGAGGGUUAUCUUUAUGUCCAGGAGAAACGUCACUUUGGGACCUCCUGGGUGAAGCAUUACUGCACAUAUCAGAGGGAAUCUAAGCGAAUAACUAUGGUACCAUUUGACCAGAAAUCAGGAGGAAAAGGGGGAGAAGAUGAAGCAGUCAUCCUCAAAUCCUGCACGCGGCGCAAAACCGACUCAAUAGAGAAGAGAUUUUGCUUUGAUGUGGAAGCAGUAGAUCGGCCUGGUGUGAUCACCAUGCAGGCACUUUCUGAAGAGGACCGACGGCUUUGGAUGGAGGCUAUGGAUGGCCGAGAACCAGUCUACAACUUGAACAAAGACAGUCAGAGUGAAGGCACUGCUCAGUUGGAUAAUGUCGGCUUCAGCAUUAUCAGGAAAUGCAUACACGCUGUUGAAACAAGAGGGAUCAAUGAACAAGGGCUCUACCGAAUUGUUGGAGUGAAUUCCAGGGUGCAGAAGCUGUUGGGUACAUUAAUGGAUCCCAAAAUGUCCUCUGAAACAGAUACAGAUAUCUGUGCAGAAUGGGAGAUAAAGACCAUCACCAGUGCACUGAAAACUUACUUGAGAAUGCUUCCUGGGCCCCUCAUGAUGUACCAGUUUCAAAGAAGCUUCAUCAAAGCAGCCAAACUGGAGAAUCAGGAAUCCAGAAUUGCAGAGAUCCACAGCCUUGUUCAUAGACUCCCAGAGAAAAACAAACAGAUGCUGCAUUUGCUCAUGAACCACUUGGCCAAAGUCGCUAAUAACCACAAACAGAACCUAAUGACCGUUGCUAAUCUGGGUGUGGUAUUUGGACCAACACUCCUACGACCUCAAGAAGAAACAGUUGCAGCAAUUAUGGACAUCAAAUUCCAGAAUAUAGUGAUUGAAAUUUUAAUAGAAAACCAUGAAAAGAUAUUUAACACUGUGCCAGAGACGGCACCGCCAAACUCGCAGCUGCUGUUAUCUCGUAAGAAGAGCACAGAUUCGAAGCCUCCCUCCUGCAGCGAGAGACCCUUAACGCUCUUCCACACCGCCCAGGCCAAUGAAAAGCAGGAGAAAAGGAACAGUAUCAUCAACUCCAGCCUAGAAUCUGUCAUAUCUUCAAAUGUAAACAGCUUCCUCCUCUCCAACAGUGCUCCCCAACCCAACCUGAACUCAAGUGACCCUGACCUAGAAAUAAUUAAACCUAACAGGCCAAACUCACUCCCUCAGAAUCCAAGCCCAACGUCACCCCUCUCACCGUCCUGGCCCUUGUUCUCUGCGCCAUCAAGUCCUAUGCCCACCUCCUCUACGUCCAGCGACUCAUCCCCCAUCAGCUCGCCAUUCCGGAAAGCCAGAGCCUUGUAUGCUUGCAAAGCAGAACACGACUCAGAGCUCUCCUUCAAAGCAGGCACCAUAUUCGAUAAUGUUCAUCCAUCUCAGGAGCCUGGCUGGUUGGAAGGAACUCUGAACGGGAAGACAGGACUAAUCCCUGAAAACUACGUGGAGUUCCUAUAACUUUGGGCACAUAAGCAACACUGCUGAGCUUUACAUGGUAUCCAUGACAACUGCUGAUUAGAGUGUUGUAGAUCAUUUGCUCUUUGCCACUGUGCAAUGCAAGGUGAAAGACUCGCAAAUACCUAUUGAAAUGAAUGUUUAUAUGAAUAAUAAUGUACACAUCUCCUUCGGCGAUCCAUUGUGGCACGUGCAAAGGCACUGCAGAAGAGGUGGUCAGAAGCUUCUGGGGAGAUCAUUCAACUCUUUCAACUUCUUGCGCAAAUCCUGUGAUUCUUGCGACUUGUUCUGUCACAGUUUUUGAGCCUUCAGGUUAAUGAAAAGGUAAGGCAAAAUACGACAUCUGAAAAGGAACUUUAAUACCCAUUGCAGGGCCAGUCCUACAAACCCUUUUCUAGCAGGAGUGGCCCCAUGGACUUCAGUAUUAAUUUCACUGGGGACUGCCUACGUAAUUAGUACAAAUUAUGGGGGUACAACAUUGGACCCGAAGUCACCACCUUAUGUCAGGGGAAGGAGAUAAUAUGGGAGCAGAGGCCAUCGCCUUUGCUUGCUCUCAAAGUCUUCUGUGUUGUUGAAUCAGCCAAGCCUCAUUUUGUAUGUGCGAACAGGAAAGCAAUCUCUCUUUCAUUUAGCUGUGGCAGGAGAGAGGUUAAGGGACUGUCUAUGUACGUCAAACCUGUUUCUGCAGCAGCAGUUUGCGUGACACUCAGCCAUCCUUUACAGGAUUCAGUCCCAAACUCAAUGCACGGACAGCGGCAGUACCCUGGUAACGACAGCUAGCCAACAUGCUCCAAAACGGAGAACGUCAUUUUUUAAUGCCAUUAAAACAAGGAGGGGGGUGGGGAAAGGGUUGAAUGAUCUCUGGAGAGUGAGCACAAUAACAGCUGUGAAUCAUCAGAUCUCUUGUGGACAUCAGCACAAACAGACGAGAGAAUAUUUUGGACCAAAUCUCUCAACUUUUUUAGAUUUAUGCAGGGUAAACAUCUGUGAUCUGUGCAACCGGCAUUUCCUUCCUGGAGGGCAAGAUGCAGCUCCUGAUAAAUACCACUUCUUUUGUGUGACUUGCUGUUUCGCAUCAUCACUUACCAGCGCUCACUGGAAAAAAAGGACCCAAGUUUACUGAAUGCCCAGGCCGCUCUUAUGUAAUUUUCGAGUUACAUUUGCCACUCACUUCCAUAGCUUUAUAGAUGACCUUUUUGCUUGCAGCCUGGUGUAUAGUCUGUCUAUGCCAAGUCUGUGCAGUGCUGAUUAUGCAAGGUAAAUUCCUUUGUACCCACAUAAGCAUUUGUUGUUCAUGUAGCCAGCUUAAGUUGAAAGAAAACAAAGGAUUAGUUUUUUUGAUAUUUUCCCCCUUUCAUUACAAAGUUCUGAAGCUUUGCUGCCUCUCCUCUCCAUUACUUGUUCUGGGAUAAAUUGUUUUGCAUAGUCCUUAACUCAGCUCCAAAUUACUUAAAAAAGAAGAAGAAAACUGUAUGAUUGCAAAGCCAAACUUUACAGAUAUCAUGUCAAGUACUAAAGUGCUUACAUUUUGUACUAGAAAAUAAUGAAAGAAAAUGUGGUGUCUUGGCAGAAAGAAUUGUCUAGCCAUCAUAUUAUCGCACACGAGUGGGAUUUAUGGGAUGAACUUGUUUUCUUUCUUUUCUAAUUUUUUUAAAUUAUUUUUAAAGAGGCUGAGUGGUUGAAUCAGUGUAAGUGUCAUUGUUUAUUUUUUUGCAAAAAUAUUAACAUGUAAAUAGGAUAACAUGAAAUAUUGCAAGGGAAAGUUCUAUAUUUGAUAUUUUUAGCAGAGCUGUAAUGAGUUAGGUGUUCAAAGGACAUUUGAAACCAGUUUAAAGGGAAAGGCACACAGACUGACACAUGCAAACUUUUAAACUAGUUGACUUUUUCCUCCCUCCCUCCUUCCCUCCGUUCUGUCACUGACCCUGCCAGACAGCUGGAUUGAGCUUUUGCUCACUUUUAAUUUUCAUUUACGUUAAUUAUACUUCCUGGACUUUUGUACUGGAAAAAAAGAGAGGAAGAAGUACUUUUUUCCCAAACUCUAAUGCUUACUGAGCUAGUAUUCAUCUUCCAAGGUAACAGACUUUUGGUGAGGGACACAGCUCUUUACUUUUUGCUUUUGUUUGAAGGGUCUUAUUAGAAAUUGUACUGCAAUUAAUUAUAUAAUUUGUUUUGAAAAGACAUGCUCGUCCCCUGCCAUCUUAAAUACACAGAUAUAUGCAUUUACAAGUGCGCGCACACACACACUCAUGCCUUUUUGGAGUUUCAUUAAUGAAGUGGAACCAGCUAAGAGCCUUCCUUAUUUCCAGAUAGACAGAGAUAGGGGAAACCCCAAAUCUUAGCUUCCUGGCAACAAAAGGCUGAAGGCUGAGGGGGGAUCUAGUGGCCUGUUACAAACUAGUCAAGGGGGACCAGCAGGCAUUGGGGGAGUCCCUGUUCCCCCGAGCACU